GUCCUGGACCAGGGAGACUUCCGCGCCAUCACGCGUUACCACGCAGGUUACUAUGACUGGACGGUAAAUCCCAGUGCUAUGGUGGAUGCCCCUCGCGGAUGUGCCAUCCGGGGAGUCACUGGCGAGGGCAAUGUGGCUAUCGUUACGUCCGUCGGCGUAGGUCACCUCCGCGGUGAGGGCCGCCAACUGGAGCCCGCAAGCGAGGUGCAGGAAACGUCUCUGGAUGAGCUGCCAGCCCCGACCUCGCUGGAAGAGUUGGAGGAGGAGCCAGGCAGCGGUGAGAUUGUGGAUGAAGCACCGCUGGCCUUGUCAG